CACGCGCCCGCCUUAACGGCCGUGCCGCGCGCCCCGCCCUCUGCCCUCAGGCGCGUGCGCAGUGUGCCGGCGCGGGCGUGGCCUCGCCCGGCGGCGCGUCAGAUUCGAACGGGCGGACGGGAGCGGCGCGGAGCGACAUGGCGGGCGCGCGGGCUGCCCUGCUCCGCCAGUGCCCGCUGCUGCUGCCGCUGAACCGCGAGGGGACGGCGUACGAGGGCUUCGUCACCGCGCAGGGUAGAGACUUCCAUAUCAGGAUACUGUUACCAAUGGAUUUGCAACUAAAAAAUGCAAGUAUAGAUUGUAGCUGGCACCUAAAGAAGAUACUGCAUGGAUAUCGGCAUAUUUUAAAGCAGAGGUUGCACAGCUGUCCAGAUCUUGUCAGUUUUAUGGUGGAGCUGAAAACUGUUUUGGAAAUUGCUCUAAGGAAUACACAAGACCUGCAUAUACCACGUCCGCCAGAGUACUACUCCUGUCUUGUCAGAGAUCUAGAAACAUUGGGUUGGAAUAAAGUCGUGUAUGUGGAUACUGGUCUUACCACAGUCAAGCUAAAAGCUGAAGACUCCUGUGGUCGACAGCAUCUCAUCAUUCUGAAGUUAAAUUCCAAGUAUCCAACAGAACCACCGGAUUGCCUUGUGGAUUUUCCUGUUCAGUUUGCUGUUUCUUGGAUGCCCCAGAACUCCUUAAUAGACAUUUACAAUCAGUUCCUGGUGGCAUUAGAAUCACUGAAAGAAUUCUGGGAUGCCAUGGAUGAAAUCGAUGGCAAGACCUGGGUGCUGGAGCCAGAAAAUCCCACCCGGAGUGCUACAACAAGAAGAAUCGCAAUAGUGGAAAUCAGCCUCAACCCAUUUAAAACUCCUUUUAAGAAGGUGAAUAUUUCUGUUUUGAAAUACAUGAGCGCAGAGAAGAGCCUUUACUUUCUCACCACAGGGAACAAUGUCUCGGUGAACAUAGAGGUAGAUCCUCGGCACCCAAACAUGCUCCCCGAGUGUUACUUCCUCGGAGCAGACCACGCGGUUAACCCUUUGAGAAUUAAGCUGAACAACAACAUGCACUCAUGGGAUCCAGAAAUCAGUUUAUUACAAAACCUGCAAGACCUCUUAGAAAUUGAUUUUCCAUCUCGUGCUGUGUUAGAAAAAAGUGAUUUUGCCAAGGACUGUGGAAUCUGCUAUGCUUAUCGACUGGCUGGCGCUCCUCCCGAUCAGGUGUGCGAUGAUCCUCGAUGCGGACAGCCUUUCCAUCAGGCUUGCCUUUAUGAGUGGCUACAAGGCCUUCCUUCCAGCAGACAGAGUUUUAAUGUCAUCUUUGGUGAAUGUCCGUAUUGUAACAAGCCAUUGACACUGAAAUCUUCGGUGAAGAAACUCUGAGGAAAAACCUGCAUGAUGGAAACACCGCUGCACUUACACUGAAGACACUGAAACAGCGACAUCAAAGAAAAUACAAGGAAAGUACUAUUAGUAGCAGCAGUACAAGUAUAGCUAUAGUGUAGUGGUAUGUUUCCUCAGCAAACGCAAGCCUCAGUAUACUCGAUAAAGAAGUACUAGUGAUUCCAGAACCAGCUUCUUGCGAUGAUAAUGGAUGAUGAUCGGUAGUUAAGCGCUGAUUGUGGGUUGGUUUUGAUUCUGAGAAUAUUGCUUGGGGCUCGAAUGGUGGUAACUCACUUGCAGUGUAAUUCUGCAGGAAAAAAAAAAUUAGUAAUAAUAAACUUAACAUUGAAUAAGUGUGACCUAGAAAACAAAGAUGCCAUCUAGGUAUUUCAGUUACCCUUGAGAAAGCAAUGCAAUACUUACAAAGUCUUAACUCCAGAAUUUGCAGGUAUAUUUUUGUAAGUAUAUUUUACAUUGUGUAUAACAUUAAGUAUGGUUAAACACCUUCUAAAGAGAUAUACUCUAUAUUUAUUACUGAGGUCAACCACUGAAAUUCUUCUAUAUCUUUAACUUGUUUCAAACAAAAUGUUAAUAUAUUCACUCCUUACACCAUCCUGCUAAUAAAGUUUCAGCCUGGAAACCCUGGACAUUA